AUGAGAAUAUUUACAGUUUUCUUGCUUUUAUCAAGUUCACUGCCCUCCCGAAGCGAUUUGAUCGCAAAAAGUAGCAUAACUAUUUGUGAAAACACUGGCGGCGGAGAUGACCCGAUGAGUGUUGUAUACGAAAAGGCGUGCGAGAAAAAGCUUAUUGUUACCAUGUCAGUUCGAAGCGGACAGGUAAGAACUCUUUGGAUUACCUGUAAGUACUCCAAGUAGUACGAGACGUUACAAGUUGUUAGCUCAAUACGAUUAGAAUUAGAAUGUUAUGAUUACGCUUUGAAAUAAAUUUAUCGUAGAAAAAAGGAGGUUGUAGUUUUUAGCAAAAAGACGAAAUUGUUUGGUGGAACUUUAAAAUAUAGCUUUCCUUUCGCAAGUAUAAAAAACGCAUCAUUUCUUGUCAGUGUUGUGAACUUUCCACUCUUGUUUGACGAUCGAAAGAGAUUUUAACAUGUUUUCAUGAUCGAGUUUUGAUGCUUUUAAGUAUGGCUUUUUAAGUUCAUAAAAUGGAAUAAUUGUUCAUCUAUGGGAUUGAAGACGAAGGGUACCGGGCUAAUGUUUAUAAUAUAAUAGCCUGAAAUUUUAACUAUUUACUGAGAUCAAUCCAUUUUUAGCACAUUAUAUUCCAGGAAAAAUAAAUUAUCUAUCUCGAUCUCCAAAAUCAAAAUUUAUUUGUAACUGACUUUUCCCAGAUCGCCUCGUUAUAAAUAUCUCUGAGGUAGAAACUACAAACAAAACCAUAGCUAUGUGAGAAAUGUGUUGUUGAUAGAAGAUUGUUUAUAAGUGAAUUUGGAUUAAAAGGUUUCCUCUAUGAAACAUGGUAGAAUUUUCUUCUUUUUCCUCAGAACGGCACUGAGAUGCUUAAGACUGUAUCAAACGUAAGCAAAGUUUAUGAUGAGGUUGAAAGAGAGCAGGCUCGUCUGUACAACCCAUUUAUUAUAACCCUGGCUAAGACACCAGUACAUCUAACAUAUCCUUAUUACUACAGAGGGGUAAGUAGUAGAUAAAUGUCUAAACCGAGGAGAUGCAUUAGCUUUUGUUUGGGCUUGAAUUGUUUAUUGAGGGAAUAAGGAGGAAGGGGGGUGGAGGGAGAAGCUUUUACACAAAACCAAAGGAUUCAAAGUUCAGUGCACCGUUAGUACAAGUCAUUUUCUAAUUAUUUAAUCAAUUUUACUGUUCCAUGGUAGAUGGUGAAUAAUAAGCCUGAGGAAAAGGUCAAAGUGAGUGAUAAUGGUGGUUGGGUGUCUGGGUCACGCAAUCUUUGCGAUGACAUGUGGGAAUCAGAGAGUGAUGAAUCAACGUGUGGCUUUGACAGAGAUGCAAAUGGAAACAAGAUCUGGGAUAGUCAGGUCUGUAUACAUAUUAACAACAACAACAAUAACAAAAUAUGCAUACAACCAGUGUUCUUUGCUUUGGUUACUUAAGAGAAAAUCAUCAAAAUUAUCUAUACUCUCUCUCUUUUUUUAAUAAAGGGAUUUUGCUGUUGGUGUAAGGAACAAGACAAGUGGCGUGGCUCUUUUUCAGACUCAACACCAUUCAGUCGAGCAGGUCUGACCUGUAAACUUUUUGCUAAGGCUCAAGCCGCAGCUCAUUGUAUGAAAUAUGACGACCUGUGGUAUGUUCAGCAUCAAUCAUUGUCAACAUGCAUGCAUAAUGAACUAAAUGUAACUAAAAACAGACAACAGGAAAUGCAUCCAGAAUUUCACAUGGGAAAACUGAAACAUCUCUGUUCUGAUUGGUUAGAACAAGGGCUGCAUGGACUAAUAGCAAAUUCUAAAGAACUGUCUUGGCCUUUAUGAAAACAUUUUAAAUAGUUAAGUAAAAUCAAAAUUAAUUUUUCUCUGGAGAAAUAUUGAAAUGUUUUAUGUUUGAAGUUUGUAAAUUUAUCACUGCCUAUCUUGUCAAUCACUUUCAACCCUUUCACCAUGUUUACUCCUAGAUCUCAUUAGUAAUUCUCCUUACUGUCUGCCUUACAAUUCUUAUGGUGUUAGUACAGAAAAUUUGGUAUCGGAUUAACCAAUAAUCCCUUAAUCCAUAUUUUUCUUUACUGUCAUUAUUUGUCUGCUUGAUAUUGUAAUGAUACUGUAAGAAGAGAUUCUGUCUUUUUACUUAAAGGGUUAAGGCAGGAAAUCACAGCAAUACAUAGAGUUCAUUAGGUUUGAAAGCUUCAAAUAUUUAAAUUAAAAGAAAUUUUAAUUUUAGAUCUAAUUGGUAGAGAUUCAGUUGGGAAUGAUGCAAAGGUGCAGGGGAAUUUGUUACUGUUACCUCCCUCCCUUCUACUCCCAAAUGUAAGAAAUCUUAGCCACGGUCUGGCAGUAAUCGUAAACAUUACAGUGGUUGUAAAAUGUAACGUGCCUUUUCUGUUGCAGGUACACAGUGAACGAGUUAGGACGAUGGGAAAUGGAAUUCGGUAUUCACGUGAAAACUUUUGAUCAAGUAACCACAAAGAAAGGGAAUGUGACAAAACCUAAGUGGGUCCCUGGUGGGGAGAUUGUUAUAGGGCCACAUGUACGGAGGGGAAGGGGAAAAUAUGGCAGGGUAAGUAUAUUGCGUGACAUUAAAACUGUCACGUCAAGUUAAGACAUUUUGAUUAUGUGAGUCUUUUUAGUCAGCUGAAAUGCAGUUUUCAGCUUGGUCAUUUACAUAGCAGGCUCGCAUGAAAUAGAAUUUAAAGUUCCUUCUUUUAUAACUAAGAAAACAAGUUGAUUGACCUUUGAAAUAUCGAAUAAUAAUACCUUAUCUGGUAUUCCUUACAGCUUCUUGCAAGCUAUAUUGGCGAGUUCCAGUCCCACAGACAGUUUCCAACCUUGACAGAGAAGUUCCUCCUAAUUCCGUUUGUCACUGCUAAGAUAGACCCUAAGAUGCAUCCACAGUUAAGGGUAGGGAAUUACGCAUCUAUUUUUCUCCAAAUUGCUUUGUAUUUACCAAUAAUUUACUUAGCUUACUCUGUUUGGUUUAUGACAAUGCAUCCUCGAACUAUACAAGAUUAUCAGCGGUCACGAGUUGUGCAUGUGCAGCUGAUCGGUCUGGUAGUUCCACGCACGCGCAGCACGCGUCCCUUGGUGUGCUUCAGUUUUUAAACCAGACUGGUGACAGUGCUCCACCUUACCGAUGGUUUAUAGGGAUCUACGUCACUGACAUUCGAGUCAGAAGGACAGAAAGAAUCUACACGAGAACCUCCUUUUAAAGCAACAUGAAAAACACUCACGCAAAAAUGAACGCUAAUCCUACUGAUUACAGAUUCACUCAGCUGUGUUUGAUCGUUGAGUUGUGAUCGCGAUUCAUCUUACUCAGUCAAUCAGUUUGCGCUUAGUCGUAAAUCCAAUUUUCUCGUGGGCUUCGAUUAAAAGUCUUGCAAGACUGAAAUGAGAACACUGCCAUCUUUCUUUUGCAGGUUUCAUGGCGUUUUCAGCUUAUGUCUUCGCACACGUUGACGUUGUAAUGAAGCUGUGCUGAUAUGUCACAACGGACAUUAAAUAAGUCUCAUACAGACGGAAUUAUAUCACUAAUCAAUACUUAUUUCUUUAUGCAGGACGGACCUGCGGAUUACAUGAUAAUAGACAAACAUGAAGUGAACUACAAACCGAGCGGACCUCAUGAAUGUGAUAAAAUUGGUGUCACUUACACAGCAUUUAGAAAUCAACGACCUGCUGGCUGCCAACAGAAAAAGGGCGCGUAAGUGCGGUACUAACGGGUUAUUAACAUGUUUACUGUCGAUUAAAAAAAUGAGGUGUUUAUUGACGUUCUUCAACCAUCUGACCCCUACAAGUGACUCGCAUACUAGCAUCUAACUUCCCCCUUGCAAUAUCACCCUUGAACCAUGCACGCAUUAGCGGAGGUCGCGGGAAUAAAGGAAACGAUCACCAGCUGAAGAAGCCCUCGAUUGCUAAACAAAUUCUCCUUGCCAGAAACUUAGGAAAUGUAUAGUGAACAGGAUGAAGAAUAUGCUUACUGAUGUUUGAGUGUGAAGGUUAAAGGAGGGUACUGGGGUAGAGCAACGAUUAGAGAGAAUUAUCGGAAGGAGUAGAGGUUGGACUGGCAAUUUCUGGCUGAUCAGGGAUGGUUAGCUCCUUACGUUAUUGUUGAAAAACAGCUUAUCCACCGACUGGAUAAUGCUGUGCAGAACAAAUAAAAAGGUGCAUAAGUUACCCAGAUUUCCCAUCUUCGAAAUUAUUUGGGACAAUGACGGUAAUGUCCACGAGAGUCUCAGAUAAAGACUUUAAUUGACGCUAACAUCACUGUUUUACAAUUUGCAUCUUAGAUGUCUCAACAAUCAGCCAAAAGAUUAUUUUGAACAAGACCAGGUAAGUGGCGACGUGCGUAAUAAUGUUUUGCGACGCUUAACAAAACAUCAGUUUAGGCUAAUAAGGGCUGUGCACAGGAGAUCUUGGUGUACUAGUGGUAUAUUUUGUGAAUUUUUUGUUCUUGUUAUUGUUAGCGUCGUCGAGCCUCAGGCAAGACACCAUAUUAUUUUCCCGAGAAGUUUGGUAAGUUGGUUGGCGUCAAGAAGCGUCCAAUAAAGGACGAAGAACAGCAGUUCAUGCUGACGUAUGAGAUUGACGAAGGUAUGACGAGUAUGGUGACGCUUCAAAUCAGUGCAGAUGACAUCCUUCUCAUAUACAACAGGUUCGUACAAUCAAUCGCAGAAUCAGUUCAUGUCGCAAAAGUUCGUGAAAACUACAGGAAAUUUUUCAAAGCAGAUGGACGCAUCAGAGAAAUGCGCUCGAAGUUACGUCAUGGUGCUAAGCAACUGAGACUGAGAAACCCGAUGCCAAGUUUUCCUCUUCUCGCCGAGCCAUGGGAACGACAUGGGAAAUUUUCUCGGAGACCCUGGCACUCGAAAAACAAUUUUCAUGAUCCGUAGACCAGGGCGUAGCCAGGAUUUUUCAAAGGGGGGGGGGUCACACUGUGUCAAACAGGGAAUACUCACCAGAUUUUCAUGUCCAUCUCUAUGCUGUGUUUUACGUAAUGUGACAGAAAAAAAGGCUUACCAAAGGGUCAUCAUUGGCGGCCCAGGACCCCCCUCCCCCCUCCCCCUCCCCCUCCCCCUCCCUCUAGCUACGCCUAUGUAGACUAGGCCUUUUCAAUUCAUAGUUUUCUUUUGCUGCACUCAUUCAAUAAGGGGUCUUGGAAAGUGAAAUUUAAUACACUUAAAACAACUGAUUCCACUUUUUCAGGGCCUCUGGUAAGAUACUGAAGGCGUACGCUCAGGACUUUGAAGCGAUGUCAAAAGAUGGUCGUUUGUUUGUUGUGGUUCAAAACACUGGUUAUGUUACGGCUGAUUUCGCUGUUAGUAAGAUCAAUACUGUUUGCUAUUGUGAUCAACACUCCUUUCGAACUGUUUAAAUCAGCUCAGUAGAUUUUUAAUGCGCCUGGCUGGUAGUUUUCUCAGUUAUGAGAGCUCGAUAAUGUAAAUUGAAAUGUUCAUAAACUGAAUCACAAAGGAAAAUUUUUUUCUGUUUUUUUUUUUAUACACUAUUUCUCUGCAAGAAUUAUGAAGAUUUUAAAUCAAUUUGUAAAUGUUCAUGCUCUAUUUAAUUUUUCAGCUUCGUUGGUUGUUAUAUACAAGUGAAAAGAUUUGUUUUUUCAUUCUAGACACUUCAUACUAAAAUUUAGAAAUAACUCGUACGUACCUAUCAUUGUUAUAAUAUCGAAGAAUUUUGUAAGUCGGGAAACAAAAUACUUUUGAAUGUCUAAUUUAAAACUCUAAUUGCUUUCUAACUUCGAUUUACGUCUAUUUUAAAGUCUGGACCAUCGACUUGAUAACUAUAUUCUCCUUUAUGUAGGUCGUGAUAUCAGAAUGCUCUGGCGCAGUAGGAAAGUUCAGGGAGAAAUCUUUAUCUAUAAACCCUCAGAAAACACACUUGUUCUCCUUUGAUGUCCACGCCUAUAACAUGAAAGGGGGAAAUAACUACUGUGUCGGUAAGUUGGAGCAGUGACUGAAUAAUGGGUUACCUGUGUAAUAAUAUAAAUGAGAAAAUUACGCGCUUCUAAUGGGCUGAAAAUGAUUGCAUUCUUCAUUUAACGCGAGCGCAAAGUUGUAACACGAGCGCAAAAUACGAAUAGCGCGUGCCGUCAAAACUUCAUCUGUCUUGACUAUCUGUGAUGCCCUUUUCAUGUAAAUUUUUAGAAAAAAAUUACAUGGUUUCUCGCGCAACUGGUGUAAAUAUGCAUUAGUCAAUUUUUUAAAGACUACACAAUUGCAUGUGCCCGAGCACUCGUGCUUAUUAACACCGAAUUGCACUCGAAAUCAUGUUGGUACCUUAACUCAUCUGCAUGGAAAGAAAGAAAACACGACGGAUUAAAUGUGAAUUACUGAUUCGUGUGGGAUGAUUGCUUUCAUUGAGGCCUGGCUAGAGUAAAGACAUCACAUAAAGCGCUCAACGUAGUAAACGUUUUACCAACGAUUGUUGCUAUUUCUUUGUAGACGCAUGAAAUUAUCUUUCUUGAGUUGCUUGUUACCUCUUGCAACAGAGCAGCUUUUAUUUAUUCUGAAUGAUACACGUUCAAUUUGCGGUUUGAUUUACAGUAAAGCUGUUUGAUUCCCGACAAAAAAUGGUCGACAGCGCCAAUGUCACCUUCACUACCACAGCACCGUGUGUUUGCGCGACCGGAUGUGGCUGCAGUGUAUGUAUUGUUUUGUUGGCUUGUAUGAAGGAUAUAUCUAAGUAGAGCAUCAUCAUGGGAAGUUAAAGAUGGCAUUUCCUUUAAAGCCACGUAGGUUUUGGGAAGUCUCAUUUCAUCAUUUAACGCUACAUAAAUCAGAUUCUGUCGUCUGUCUUCCACCCUGAUAAACGUGGUGGAACUAUUUGCUGUUUCAUAGCGGCUAUGAAUAGAAAGGCUCAACAAAUUUUGUUGAAUGCCGAAAGAUCUUUAAUUAUUCCCUCCUAGUGUUAUGACACUGGUUUCAAAUGCGUGGAAAGAGACAAGAAAGACUGGAACGAGGAAAAACCGACCGAGAGUGGCCUGGACUUUGGUGGCGCAGUUAACAUAUGGACUAAAGUCAAAAACUUCUUCAAGAAACUGGGCAAGGUUUUUAAAUUCCUAACAUCACCAGGUGGCAUUGCCAGCAUUUUGGGGAUACUUGUGGGUUUUGGUGCUUUGAAGGCCUUCAUGGGCCUCAGAAGAAAGGGGGCUGCCGUGGCACGCUUCGGAAUGGGCGGAGUGAAGAAGGGCCGACAAGAAAAGGCAAACAAUAUGGGCCAGAUCGUGGUGGUCGAGUACAAUGAAGAAGGAGAGGAAGUCGACCCAGUCACGUUAGUAUAACGAUCCAUUGUUGUUUAAGAGGGAAGGAUGCACACUGCUUCUACCCUGAUGAAAACAAGACGCAUACUUGCGUGAACUCACGCGCUCUUAAUGGCAAAAUCUACGCACAGCCUUCAUACGGGUUAUAUACUUAAUUCGCUUGACAAUUUUAUAUGCAAGUGAAAUUUACCAUGUGAAAGGCUUGUGAAGAAUUUGUGCAAUUGUUAUGAAAAUUGUUAUCCCUUCCAUGUUGUGCUUUCACAUGCUUUUCAACUAGUUCUUAAAGCCUGUGCCUUGUUAUGUUAAGUCGAACUAAUACGAACUUAUGAAUAGAAUAUGAUGUAAUCAUAUACAGUGUCUUACACUGUUAAGCUUAUCUUUGUAAGUGAAGCUCAAAUCAAGCUGUUGUCACUCGAUAAGUUGUCAAAAAAGCCUUGUUGCAGACUACAAGUGACUUCUACAUCACCUGCUUCCAAAAGGAUAACCACACUAGCAUGGAAAGAAGUGUUGUUUAAAAAGGAAAGCUAUUUUCUAAAGUUAGUAACUUUUAUAUUUUGCAGAAAGGAGGUUACCAAGCCGCGAAACAAAACCAAAGAAUUUCUGUUCAACCUCAUUUUCUUCCUCAUCCUUCCGUUCCUACUGCUUUUUAAGCUCGGUAGAAAGAUCAUAAAAUGUUGUAAAAAGGAUUCUAAUACAAAGCAAGGAGAAGAAAAACAAGACGAGAAUGAGGGAGAUGGAAAAGCGAAAGGAUCAGCUGUGGACAUCUUGAAAAAUGGAAGUCCGCGCGCGAGCGUGAAACUUUUCACUGAAAAAGCGGAGGUUUCGGGAGGAAGCAAAGACAACGUAACUACUGAGCGAAGCCGUAUAAAUAAUUUGGUGAUCAAAAAGAGUGAGCAAGACAGAGGAAAUGACAUUGCAACUGGCGGAGGUUCCCAAGGAAUCAAGCGCAAGAUUAGCACCCAAGGGAGUAGGAGAGGGGUUAAGGAGCACGUGACUGAACCAUCAAAAGACAAACCUACCGGCAAAGGAGAGGAGCAACAAACGGGAACUUCACAAACCUCUGAUGAAGUGACUGUGAAGAAAACUGAACCCUCAGAGCCACAGGUAAGGGAUUAGUAUAUUUGUGUGUUUGAAACUGAACCUUGAAAUAUGUUAAGAUUAAUUAAAUCAAAUAAAAUCUUAUUCUUCAUUCUUCGGUCGUCAGAAAUGUCUUGAAUACAAAUUGGAGUAUAUAGGCAAUCUUAAAAUUCUCUUUGCCAAAUUGAAUGUCGUUACUUCGUUUUGCUACUACAAGGAUAAUUCAUACAUUUUUCUUUAGUUUAGCGGAAAUAUUUGUUUUCUAAUUCCCAACAGUGAUCGUUAGAGACUGGUGUCAAGGAAAUUAUCAUAAAGUUAAUUUAAAUUCACGCCCCCUUGCUUCAUUCAGGUUCCAGAAGAUAUCAAACAGUUUACAGAGGCCAAUCCGUUAAUUUAUCACAAUUACCUUGAUACAGACGCUGUUGCUGAUGAACUUGAGGUAAGACUUGUCUCAUUCACCACUGACUCUUCGACAAGACCAUAGAGACGUACCUCCCUCCUUUUUUUGUUUUUUGAGCUUGUUCUUAUUUCUGGUUUUUCAAUUAGCCUGUAAGCGUUUUUAUCCUUUUAUUCUUGCCGGUUUACCCUCUCUACGACGAAUGCCUCAAACAUUGCUGGUCUUAACAAUUUCUAAAACUUCUGUCAGAUAUUAAUAUGGUCUAGCUCACCGACGACCUCCCUGUCGCUCAGUUAGUAGAGCAAUUAAGACCUCGGAACUUGUUAUGGUUCGAAUAUCUAAGGGGACUCGGAUUUCUCCCUUCAUUUUUUCUGGUCUCUGUUUUAGAAUUAUGGAAUUAAUCUCCACACUCGGCAGGUUCUUCUUCUCCAGUUACGCACAAUCAUUACCGUCACAGAUCAGAGUUACAUGAACGAUUGACCUUCGUCAUCUCAAACGUGUAGGGUGGUCGGGAAAAUUAAAUGAGCAUUAAGCGUUUCAUGUGAAAAGAAUUUUCCGAACCAGCCGCCGAUAGCCAACUCCUAUUUAAUGAUUGAUUUUAAUGUGUCUUCAGGAUCACGGUGAGCAGUUUUGCCUAGCUGGUAAAAUAACCUGCAUACCUCGUCCCACAAGCAUCAAGUACAGAUUUGAUUUGUUGAUGGCAUUGCAGGUGAGAAAAUACGGAUUCACACCAUUACUUGAUUGGCUAAAAAAAAAUUAGCAAAAUUCGAAACACUGUUGCGCUGCUUGUCCAGCAUUCUGUUAUCUUUGCGCACAACAGGAGAGAUUCAUGGCUUUGUUUCAAGUUAUUUUUACUUGCUAUUGCAUACAGAAAGAGAAAUUCCCAAUUGAGACUCGAAAGUAAUUCAGGACGCAAUUGAUUUCACCUCCUUAAAUUCUGAAACUUGUCAAGAAAACACGAGCCUACUGGGCUCACGCGCGUUUGCUCCUGUUUGAGGCAACUUUGUGUCCGGGCUCUCUCUUUUACGAGAGACCCUGAAAACGAAGUUGAACCUGAGGCCGUUAACAUCAAAUUACCGUCGCUGUUAUUGACUCCCUGAGAUGUUAUUGGUCGUUACUUCACGUUGUGACACCCAAUCAAUACGCCCUAUUACGUCGCGUUGCCUCCUCACAAUCCUAAUAUUGAAUAUUAUAAACUGAUUGUGGUCGGGUAUAAAUGUGUAAACGACUUUUGUUAUCGAUUGUAGUUUACUAAAAACCCUAGGUUUCAGUUAAGUCACAAGCUGAUAAUUGUUCCUUUGAUUUUGUCAUUUCAGAUUUGCGGUAACCAGGAUGGAGAGCAAGUCUUGUUGCGCACACCCAAAACCCUCGAUCCACAUCUCUUUUCAAAGUUAAUGACAGCUCAAGAAGUACGAGAACGGAUUUCUUUACAACCUCAAGCUCCCUGCCUUAAUCUCAAAUAA